AUAUUUAAAGUACUGUCAAACGAAACCUAACUGCAACCUUUUUGUAACUUCAGGUGUUGAUUGCACUUACUUUUAUAAGUGUUUGAAGUAAGUGCAUAUGCGCAUUUGCAAUCCACAUGGCAGGCUUCCACCUAAGCGUAUCUCUCUCUGAGUCUCGUGCGUUUAAGGGUCCCGUCUCUCUCCUCCCGCCCUUCUAGCAGAGGGAAUCAGCUGCAUAUUAUACUGUGUGUAGUGCAUGACAGAGACUGUUGUUGCAUUAUCUGGUAAGCCUGUAAUAUUUUGUUUCUUAUUUGAUUUUCUUUGUAUUUUUAGACCCAAUUGAAUUUAUAUAACAUUUACUCAAGUGGCCUUCAAACACAUAUAUCUGUAUAAUUUUGCACAUACACACAUAAAUGCCCUUAUAUUUAUCUCUAUCUAUAGAGUUUCACCUAUUUCACUCUGUUUUUCCUUUUAAAUUUAUGAACCUUUUAGAUAAUGGCAUAUGUGCUGAUAUGGUUUUCCCCUAAAAAUGCUAUGACUUUCCUUCCUUCUUCCCCACCCCCUCAACUCUAGUAUGUUAUAUUUUGUCUUCUAACUUGAUAAUCAUGUUUCUUAGUUUUGGAGGGGUUAUUUGAGCCUUACCAAAUAGUUGAGAUGCCCAACAACCCCCAAUUUUCUGGUGUACCGGCAAAGAAGGAAAGAGAGAGAGAAGAAAGAGAGAGGAGGAAAGCUACGCAUGGAAGGGGAAAAGCAAAGGGGCAUGAAAGAAAAAAGGAUGAACACAUUAAGGACGGAGGAAAUGAUGAUAUGGCUGGAAUUGAUAAUUCCAAUGAGAAUAAGAGAUCAGGAAAAGAUGAUAAUAGAAAACAUCAGAAGCAACAUAAAAGUUAUACAGAUGGUUUGAAUGUGAGAAAGACAGAACUAAGUAUUCUCGCAGACAUAGCUGUGGCAGCAAAAAAUCAAAAUGGGUAUGCUCUUUUCUUUUUAUUGGAAUGUUUUAAGUGAAUGUAAAAUUGGUUUCUAAGUUUAUAACAGUUACGUAAUGGCAAUUUGCACCAUGCAUCCACACCUGAAUCUGAUAGUGAGACCAGGCAUAAGAGGCAUAGGAGAGCGUGUUGGAAUGGUUCUCAUAGAAGUGCUGAUCAUGAGGAGCUUGAAGAUGGGGAGUUUGGUGAGGAGAGGGAAAGUCGUUAGUUAUCUCUUCCUAUUCAUUUCUUGUUCCUUUUUUGCUCCUAUCAUAAUUCUUGUAUUGGGAUGUCGAUCAUAUUGUAAUUGCAGCAAUGUUGUAUUAGUGUCAUAGUUGUUUUCUGGUUUAUAAGCUUGAUCAGGUAGCAAUUUUAUGCUUUAAGAUUACUUUUACAUUUCUCCCAUAAAUGCUGAAAACUUUGUUGUUAUAAAAUGAUCUUUAACUU